ACAAAUCUUGAGUUGGCCGCUCUGUGGCGACGGGGUCGUACUAAGUGUCCAUGAUUGGUGCGGUCACCAAACACGAGUCCCGUGUGUCCACAAAAAUAGUCGCGACGGCCAGCAACGUUACCGAGAGCAAUGUUGCUUGUUGCUGUCAAAACGUCAGUGCCAUCAGUGAUCCAGUGCUCGGAGGGUUCGGGGGCGCACCAAGAGCACUCCUCCACACUCAACCUGCCCCCGACACUCAGCAAUGCCACCCCCACCGUCCUCAAGAGAGAGCUGCUCUCACCUCAGAGGCCAACACUUAACAACAACGCCCCCGGUCACGAAGAGGCUGACCUGAUCCUGCAGUUGGGCACUGUUGUCACUACUACACUCAACCGAGUUGAAAAGCCCUCCAAGGAUCCUGUUAUCACAUUCAAAAUGGAUCAGCAAUCGUGCAGGACAGAAGCACGCUCUCAAGUCGAGCAACCUAAGUACAAAGCUAACAGCCACCCUUCGUAUCAUUUCGUCCUACAAGACCACAAUUAUGGGGCGCCGCCCCCACCAACACCACCUCUUUCACCAUCUCCAGCGGCUCAACCACAAAUCAAGCAUAAUCAUUUGAUCCCACCCCCACUCUCUGCUCACGAUCUCUCUGGUAUUAGGGCCCUUGCAACUGUAGCUGACCAGAUGAGGUCAGGGGUUAACUCGCUGUCGAGUAUGCUGAUGAGUCAAGAUGACAACUCUCGAGGGUCGAUGAUUAGUUCUGGCGACGAAGGAAAUGAUAGAGGUUUAGAGGGUGAGGAAACUGAGACAGCUGCUGAAGGAGAAGGAGACGAAGACAGUGUGACAAGGUGUAUCUGUGACUUUGAGCAUGAUGAUGGCUACAUGAUUUGUUGUGACAAGUGUCUGGUUUGGCAACAUGUGGACUGCAUGGGUAUUGAUAGGAAUAAUAUUCCUGAGGAGUACCUUUGUGAACAGUGCCAGCCACGCAGGGUAGACAGAACUAGAGCUCGAAACUUGCAGCUUCGGAAGCAGAUGCACAAUGAUACCAGCUCCUCGGAUGAUGAGCAUGGUCAAGCUAAUAAAGCAGGGCCUCCAAAUCAGUUCAAAAAAUUGGGUAACAACUCUGGAGUAAGAAAGAGGCCAGUCAAGAAAGAAACUAAGAAGGUUGUGAAACGCCAAAAAAGGGACUCUGCUGCUGUAGCCGCAAGGGAGCAGAGAGCAAAUGAAAGGCGAAACAACAAGAAAAAAGAGUUGAAUAACCUUAACUCUACCCCUAUCAAGACUGAUUCCAAGAAAAUUGCUGGCAGGAGAAGAAGCAAGGGAAAACCAGAGUCUGUUGAUGAAGACACUCAGGACUGCUGGACGUCUAACGUCCCUUUAGCAAGCCAGCCACAGCAGUUGAGGCAAUGGAUAGAGCAAUACGAGGAGGCAGUUACAAAUCAUUACUCCCCUGAGUUGCGAGCACGCAUUCAGGCUAUCAAAGUCAAUGGCAUCCACUCUGACUUCAAAGUCGGGCCGGUUGUCAUUCAGAAGUGUAGAACUGUACUUGGGGAUUCUGGAUCUAAAGUACUACUGGCUGCAGCAACUUUGCAAGCUAACCAGCCCAUUAUGGAAGUCCGUGGCAAGUUUAUGCUUGCUGCACAACACUCUGUGAAAAAGGCUCAACUAGCGUCCCCUUACCUUCUAUUUUAUCAACUACCAAAAGAAAACACAGAGAUAUGCGUAGAUGCUAGAACUUAUGGAAACGACGCCCGAUUUGUGCGUAGAUCUUGCUGUCCCAACGCUGAGGUCAAACAUUGCAUUGAAAAGGGCGCUUUGCAUCUGUACCUGGUGGCAGCUAGUGCCAUUGAGAAAAAUCAGGAAAUCACUAUCAAGCAUGAUGAACCUGUGAGGAUACCUUGCAAGAACUGUCCGCCGCUGACCCCAAACCUGGAUAUUAAGAAGAAUGGUCACGCAGAAGUGAACGUUGAAAAAGUGGAAAGGAGGAGACGAGCAAGCAGACGAAAUACAGAGGAAAGUAUUCCUGAUCUGUCACCAGCACCGCCUGUAUUACAGGUCAACACGCCAUCCCCAACAUUGUCAGCGCCUGCUAUUACUCCAAAUACAGCAGCUCUUGCAAUAGCUGUACCUUCAGCACCCCCAAAUCUUGUUGUCCAGCUUCCUCAAAGCACUCCAAAGAAGCCCCCAAAAUCGCCAGUGAAACAGAUGCCAACACCAGAAAAGAGCCAGGGGGAAGACAGCAACGAUGAGGAGUCUCCUGGCAGUAUGAACUCUCCAGACAAAAGGAAAAUGACUCGGGAAGAGCGCAAAAUGGAGGCCAUCAUGAAGGCGUUUGAAAGGUUAGAAAAGCAAGAGCAACGGAAACAAGCACAGCAACAUCACAGGCGGUCUGAGAGGGAUUCUAAGGAUUCCGAUUCCUCGGGAAGAUUUCGAGACGAGGCAGACAUGGACUUAGAAAUUCAACCUGUCAAAAAGAAAGGGAGGCGGAUACGCGGUCGGAGUAGCAGUGGAGCAUCAAGUCAAGUUCUCUCUGCAGAUGAGAAUUCAAGUGGAAGCCACCUAGUUCUCUCUCCAGGCAGUGCUUCAGCCAGUGCCUCUCCGAGAGUCGUUUCAUCACCUCCUCCUUUGGGCUUCAAAUUCCCUAAAACUAAAAAGGUGCUGAUGAACGAAUGGCUAAACAAACCAGAACCGCCGUUGAGUCCGUUGAAGUUGGAAGAUGGAGAUGGUUGUGUUGGAGGGGCAGCAGCAGCAAAGAAAAGAUGGUUGAGGCAAGCUAUCAGUGAAGAAAGCGAGCCAAUCCCAAGUAGCAGCCCUCGUUCUGUAUCUCCGGAUUAUGUAACCCCAUUGAAGAAGAGACGUCUAGCUCGUGAGUCACUAGAGCAACAACAGUCUUACACACCCCCUGCUACAACAGCAUCGCCUGAGCCCGAAACAGAAGUCCCAAAACCUGCUCCCAAUUUGCCUUUGCGUUGCGUCGAAGAGGCCGUUUUGGCUCUCUCUGGUCACAUCGGCAUCAAAAUUGAGCCAAAGGAGUCUCUGCCCCCUGUAUUGUCACCUCCGCCGGCAAUCCCAAUUUCAGCCUCAACCGUGAUGGCCUCUGCUCCAGAGCUGAAUGCUGUUGCAGAAAUACCUUUGCUCUCAUUAGCGCCAAAUAUUCCAUCAACUCCUACAAGCCUCCCUCUUUCUUUGCUUGCCAACCCUGUGCCACCACCGCCACCACCUCUGCCAGAGUCUCCCGUAAAGGCUCCAAGGGAAAUAAGUCAAGAACUACAGCUUCCAGCUGCAAUUUCUGUACCCCCUCCUCCAGCACCUGUCAUUCAAGCACCAGUACCAGCAGCAGUCAAGAGAAAGCUCUCAAUAUCGGAAUAUAGGCAACGUAACAAACAAAAGGUGGAUAAGCCAGAGCUUGCUGCAUUUGGACCUAACUCUUCUGCCAGUAUAGAGGAUCAAGCAGGAGACAUGGACAACAAGACAGAGGUUCCGAGGUGGAAUUCUGAACCUACUAGUUCAGAAAAGCAGCGAGAGAACUUGACGGAACGUUUAAAAAGAGAAUUUGGUUUAUUUCUAGAUGAGCAAGAGAGGGGAGAGAAAGAGAAAGUUGAGGAGGUAAAUGACCAAGUUUCAUUGCUGCCACCUCUUCCACCUUUGGAACCGCCUCAGCCAAAACUUAACGAUUCUCUGAACAUUCCAUUGCCAUCAUCGCCUCCUCCACUGUUAGAUCUUUUGGUCAUGGAGUCAGCCCCACCCCUUUUACUUGAAGCGCCCACGCCUAACAACGAUGAGGAGGCAUCUCUCAAUGGACCUUCUCGGCUGCUUAUCAAGAGUCAGACGCCAGCAAAAAUGAAGGCAUCCUCAAAGAAAAUAACUUAAGUGGUCACAAACUGAUGUGAUGACACCACCAAAUGGUGUCCAGGUGAACCCAUAGUGGGAUCCUGUGUGCAUAAUAAUUAUACAUAAAAUAUAAAAAAAUUCUAUAUACACUAUACAAUGGAUAAAGUAAUUAUUAUUAUUAUUGUAAAUAUUGUGUUUCAAAGUGCCUGCUUUGAGGCUCCUAUCCUCGGUGGGUACUUGAGUUUCGUUAAUAAAAAAUGAGAGGGUCUCAUUCUCAAUCUUCUAUAAUACUUUAUUAAUCU